CUCAUUGGCCCUCCCGUGUCACUCCUCAGAAUCCCGCCAUGUCCGGUCCUACCUGGCUGCCACCCGGGGCUCUGGAUAGCCCCGAGCGGGCCGUCCCUCAGAUGUCUCGCCCUGCGGGCUCGCCCGUGUACCGCGCCCCCAACAAGAAGGCCGCUCCUGACUUCCGGCCCAAAUACAACCCUUACGACCACAAUGGAGCGGGAGCCGGAGGGAUAGCGACGAGGUACAUGGCAACCGGACCCACAGGUGGGCCCGUUCAUCACUCACCUGGCCAUCACUAUUCCCCGCCUCCGCAAGACGAGCGCCAGCGGAGCGCCCACGGGGACGGCUACGAGCCGAUCCAGCGUGGCCCCGACAACGGCGGGGGCCAUCACUCCAAGAUCGACGCCGACAUCGACUCGCUCACCGCCAUGCUGGCCGACCUGGACGGCCGGCCGCAGGACUCGGGCGCGCAACUGUACGACAACGUGCCUUACAACAAGUACCUCUCGGCGGACGGCUACGACGCGGCGGCGCCCCGGAGCCGGCCCGACGCGGGAUACCCUCCUCACCCCCAGAGCCAGUACCGGCCGCCGUCAUCUUACCCCGGCGAGCGCCGCGCGUGCCCGUACGCCGCGUCGCAGCAGCAGCAGGACUUGCGCGCCGCGUACCCGCAGCCCGUGCCGGCAUCCUACGCCACCGCCUCCACCCCCACCGGGCCCAGGUUCAGCGUGCAGGUCAAGACCGCCCAGCCCGUCACCUACUCGCAGACGGGGAGGCGGGCCGAGCAGGCCUACGCGCCGCCGGCGCCGCCUCGCCGGCACGCGGCGCAGGAUUGGUACGCGCCGCACCCCGCCUCGCCACUUCAGGAGAUGCAGAGGGGGCGAGGGGCCCAGGGGGCCUCGUCCAAAAGAGGGACGGAAAACCCUCAAAUGGGAGCGCCGCUUAGUGCUGCUUACCCGUCCGGCAAGCACGCGGCAGCGCCGCCCCGCCCAGAAGAAGAGUUGGAUCGCCUCACCAAGAAGCUGCUGUACGACAUGAACCACCCGCCGGCCGAGGACUAUUUCGGCCGCUGCGCCGGCUGCGGCGACGACGUGGUGGGCGACGGCAGCGGCUGCGUCGCCAUGGAGCAGGUGUUCCACGUGGAGUGCUUCACCUGCGUCGCCUGCCGCGGCCGCCUACGAGGGCAGCCCUUCUACGCCCUGGACAAGAAGAGCUACUGCGAGGCUUGCUACAUUAGUACCCUGGAGCAGUGUUCCAAGUGCUGCAAGCCCAUUUUGGACCGCAUCCUGCGCGCCAUGGGGAAGGCGUACCACCCUCGCUGUUUUACCUGCGUCGUGUGUCACGGCUGCUUGGACGGCGUGCCCUUCACGGUGGACGCCACCUCGCAGAUACACUGCAUCGACGACUUCCACAGGAAGUAUGCGCCUCGCUGCUCCGUGUGCGGCGAGCCCAUCAUGCCCGACGCGGGUCGGGAGGAGACGGUCAGGAUCGUGGCGCUGGACCGAAGCUUUCACGUCAACUGUUACGUCUGCGAGGAAUGCGGCCUCCUGCUGUCCUCCGAGGGCGAGGGGCGCGGCUGCUACCCGCUGGACGGCCACAUCCUGUGCAAGGGCUGCAGCGCCCGGCGGAUCCAGGACCUCUCGGCCAAAAUCUCGACCGACUGCUGAUGACCGACAUGCCGUGGGACACCAUUUUUUUUUUCUUUUUUACAUCACACAGCUUUAACAGUGCCCAUCGUCCUUUGUCUUUUAUUUGCUAAUCUGCGUGUUGUGUGACUGAUCCAAAUGAGUGAAGGAGCCAUCGUCACCUUUCGGUACAGAUUUUGUCCUAUACGGCACUGGUACUUGGACACAAAUUUCAAACGGAAGGAUGACGGGGGUAAAAAAAAAAAAAAUCCCUAA